AUGUAUAGUUGCUCGGAUAUCCUCAGCACAGAAACAGUAUUUGAUGAGGAGGAAGAACCCUUUGAAGGGGAAGAAUAUUUCGAUGACUAUGUCCCGACUAAUGCUGACGAAGAUCAAUCCUCCAUAUCAUCACAUAGAUCACUCCACAAUUUCUCACCCGCUGAAUCAUCACUGGCAGCUUCGAUGACAAAGACAGGUCAUGAGGCACAAUCCAUAGCAUCUUCAAUUGAUCUCAACCAUACGCUGCCUUUUUCUGGCAACUCCAACGGGUUGGGCUUUGUCUACUCGUCAUCCUCUGCCGGCACCGAGGAUAAUGGUAUCCCCAUUGCCAAUGGGCGCCGAAUGGCGAAUGUAGGACCUAAUGGUGCUUUCAUGGCAACAUCGCCCUCACCCUCGUCACCACCUGUAUUUUUUUCGCUUCCAUCACCGUCUCAAUUUAGCCAAGUGCACCAACAAUUCUUUGAUCAACCACAAAACCAUCAUCAUUUGCUUAGAGUAUUCUCCUCACCCUCGCAGAAUGAUUUUGCCACAGAUGAAGCUCAAAAUUUUGGUUCGCCACCACUGCCUUCCCAAUAUGAGGCCUCGCAGAUUCCAAACUUUGGAAGAAAUAGAGGAGGACCCGACGCGUAUCACAUUCCUUAUCCCCAACAUUUGCACGAAGAAGAUCAUUAUAAAGAAGAUGAUAGCUCCUAUGUGGAUGAGCCUGAGGCUGACCCACGCCAUCUCCAUGUCCAUUCCGAUAUCAAUUUCCACCGAGCCGAUAGUGUUCGCCGGUCGCACUCGCAUAUUCCCUAUGAGGGCGCAUACUCGAUUCCAUCUUCUUACCGCCAUCAUCAUAUGUAUCCAUCUUCUCCACAUUUUGAAGAGUACUAUUCCAGCAAUAGCGGCCAUAACUCCUCGAACGGCAAUGGCACUACAUCUGCACCCUCUUCCCCCACCAUGUCUGGCACAGCACCUACUCAAAAUGCUCCCUCAAAAAAGGAGAGAAAUAGACUUGCUGCAGAACGUUGCCGUAAAAAAAAACAGGACCUAAUCUCGUCCCUUUCUCGAGAAAAUAAGCUACUUUAUCAGGGAAAUAUUGAGCUGACGAGAGCAAAUCAUUAUUUGGAGCAGAAGUUAGAUUAUCUGAUCAACAUGCUUAUUUCGAUGGACCCCACACAAGGCGUACUGCUUCAGGACAUCCGCAAAAACGCACCUAGCCCCACCACAUGCUUCUACAUGGAUUCGAGCCUCCCUGCACACUCCGUCUCUAUUGAAACAUCUAGUUCUCCAACAUCUCAAUACUCCAACUCCUGGGGUUCGUACCCCGGAAACAACAGCCAGAUGAACAGUAGAUCUGGAGCAGUUUCUGCUUCUCCCAUAACGGCUGUUCCGAUGCGGUCUUCUCCUAGCCUUCAAUAUUUGUCUCAUGACUCCAUGGGCUAUGAAUACAAGGCCGAUCCAAAGCAGAACAUGGGAUCCAGUGUGUCGCUUUCACUGGUGCCCCCGCAACCCAAAUAG